AUGAAAUUUUUUUCGAAUUUGAUAGGCUUUCUGAUUGUAGAGAAUAGAGCAAGGCGGCCGAAUGUGAUCCUCAUAAAUUGCGACGACUUCGGAAUCGGCGACUUUCAGAUCUACAACAAGGCAGCGAAAGUACCAACGCCGAAUAUAGACAGGCUCGGAAAGGAGGGAAUCAAGUUUCUUGAUGGACACAGUGCUUCAAGUCGAUGUGCACCAAGAUACAAAACCGGCCUCUUUGGAAAAGAGCAGCCACUGAACUACUGGCUUGUCAAUCGCAUCGCAACUGCCGAGGAUAGAAAAGAAACCGAACGCCUAGAUAACGAGUUCAAAGAGAAGAUGAACGAGCUAGGCAAGCGCUACCCGAAAUUGCGCACAGCCAACGAUUUUCCCGGAAUUUACGAAAUGAAAAUCGGUCCUCAAGAUCACCAUUAUGAUUACUCUUUUACUAAUAGCUUCAUUUGCUGUCAGCCAGGAGGUUUCUAUGAGAAUGGAAAGGGAAUCGAACCAGUUGACACCUGGGUCAAGCAGCGCCCAUUCCCAGAACACACUCCAAGAGAGGCAAGCUCUUUCAAUCCGGAAUGGGGUGGCUGCACCUUCAAUGGCGUCUCAGGUUACAUGGGCGGUCCUGGACAACCCGAGAAAUUCGAUGAAGAAACGGAAGAUCUCCCAAUUUACUUCUGCAACUUUCCUAGACAACAACUGGUGAUGAAAUCCUUCGACACUCGAAAUGCGGAAGAGAUGACCAUCCCUAGACUGGAGAAAUUCAUUGACGAUAAUCACGAGGACGCGUUUUUUGUCUACUAUGGCAUGCGAUCUGGACACGGGCCUUUCAACACUCCUCUACGUUUCAGAAACAAGACGGAAGUUGGAAGCUUGGGCGAAAUGAUCAUGGAGACGGAUGAAAUCAUUGGAAAAAUUCUCAACAGAUUGGAAGAGCAUGGAAUCGCCGAUGAUACUCUAGUGAUGUUCAUGAGCGACAACGGUCCAGCGUCUUUUACACAAGAUUUCGUUUCCAAAUAUGAUCACAAUCAGCGACAAGUUGAUCUGCCUAAUUAUUGGGAAGGCGGCACUAGAACAGUUCAACUAAAAGGAAAGAAAAACACUCAAGCUGAAGCGGGUCACCGGACACCAUUCUUGUGGCGCUAUCCAAGACGUUUUGCGCCAAAGACUCUUGAUGACCCAAAAGUGCCAGUGUCGACAGUGGACAUUUACGCUACUCUCGCAGAACUCAUCGAUUACGAUUUAGGAAAGUGUUUGAUUUUGAGAAAUACAGAAGCUCUUGAAGUAUAG